ACCGAGCGGCACGGACCGGAACCACUGCCCUGCACCUGGACCAGUACCGGCUGCUGCUGGCGCCACGUAAAGGGUGUUUAAAGCCGAUGAGUAUUUGUAGAGGUGGAAGUGAGUGAGGAAAACAAAGGUGUCUCUGUGGCUGCUGUUUACUGCUCGGAUGUCACGACUCCAGUCUGCCUCCUUUAGAAGGCGCUGUUAGAGUCAGGUCCAGCUGCCAGACGGCGGUUAAAGCUGUUAAACAGUGAGUGUGAUACCAGCCGUUCAGUCGUUACUCCUCUAAAGUAAAGCUCCUGCAGUCCAGCACCGGAGCUCAGACUGUGUCAGAUUUGACCCAGUUAAACCAGUAACUGCGUCCAGUAUUUUUCCACCCAUGUCGACAGAACCAAUGCUUCGACCGCCCAGUGAGUGAGGAAUAUGGACCCUGCUGUGAAGCUGGUUCUGAUCAGGGAUGUGUAUUGUUGUAGAACUCACUUUACCGGUUCCUCCGGUUCCAGGCCCGGAGGAGGCUGGGAAUUGCUUCAUUAGCCACCAGCGACGCCAGCGUCUGUGGUAACAAACUCGACAGCUGUUGAACGGAUGUAUGACCUUUGACCCCAUCUGCUUCAUCAACACUGGUCUCAGUUUCUGUUCCAGUUGUUGUUCUUGCGUCUUUCCCGGUUCCGUCGUCUGUAGUGUGGUGGUUGGGUCAAAGCCAGGCUGGCUUGUCAGUGGAACCCAGAACCUGGUCUUCACUGUCAACCAACAGUGUCCUGUUUAAAGGCGUGAGGCGCCGUCACUGCAGCGGGUCGGUGCUUUGAACAGACCCAGCACGUUCUAAGUCUGUUGACUUGGUUGUAACGGGUCACGGUGUCGCCGUCCGUCUUUGUUGUUCCGCUUCUCUCCUGCAGCCGUUCAGGUCGGAACAUGUUCUCCCACCUCCGUCGGACCAGUUUUGUGCUCACGGCUCACACUCGUCUCAGCUUCUCCCCUAAAAAGAUCCGAUUUUGGUGGUUUUCAAUCUGGUACCGAUGCGUUUCAGUCUGGAAUCAGACCCUGUGACCAGAGCUUCAGGAGGAGUCAGACCCACAAAGUGCUCAGUUAAAGUGUCCCCUACAGAAACUCCAAACAGGAAGUAGUUUGACCUUUCUGUCCAAAAUAGCUGGAGUCUCGUGAGCCUGUAAAUGAAACAUUUAAGUUCCUGUGAAUGUAUGAUCCAAUAACGCCGACCUCAUUGCAGUCUGUAACUGAAACUGGAACUGGAACUAAACGCACACAUUGUGUGGAUGUGAUAGAUGUGAUGGUGAUGGCUAUGUUUUAUGAAUCCAUGUGCAUGAGAGUCAAGUGAAGCAGCUUGUUUGGAGCAGGACCAGGUGGCAGGUGUGUGCUGCUUGGACUCGUACCCCCAGGACGCUCGUGGCUGACUCUGUCCCCCCCUCCAGCCAUGCGGCGGCCUCCCCCCACCCUCCUCCUCUUCUUGUUGCUCGCCCUCGUCCUGGGGAGAGAAGUGGUGACAGGAUUCAAGAUCUGCUCCUACAAUCUGCAGGGCUUCGGCCCGAAGAAGGCGGCGAACUACAGAGUGUUACACACCAUGACGCGGGUUGUGUCUCGAUGUGACAUCUGUCUCCUGCAGAACGUGAUUGAUCCUGAUGGUAAAGCCAUGAAGAAUCUGCUGUCUGUCCUCAACAGGUAUGAGAGGAACCGGUUUGUGGCGGUAACCAGUAAGGGACUGGGCAACGCAUCUGACGACAUGCAGCAGUACGUCUACAUCUACAGGAGUCAGGUGGUGACGGCCAGCAGUAUGUAUCAGUACAGCAGCAAAAAGGUUUUCUUGAGAGACCCGUUUGUUGUCAGAUUCAAAAGCAACAAAACUGACAUCAAGGAUUUCAUUUUGGUUCCACUGCACAGUGAUCCGGACAAUGUCGUCACAGAGGUCGACAAACUCUAUGACGUAUUUGUUGACGUCAGCCAGAAAUGGAACAACACGAAUGUGAUGUUUCUGGGAGAUUUCCACACGGCCUGUGGUUACAUCACCCGAAUGGACAAGAGGAACAUCCGACUGUUCACCAACUCGUCCUUCAUCUGGAUGAUCAAAGACCGAGACGACACCACGGUUGACAGCAAGGCUGCCUGCGCUUAUGACAGGAUUGUCGUAUACGGGGGAACCUUCCUGAAGGCGAUCGAGCCAUUCUCUGCAAAAGCCUUUAACUUCGGUGAACACUUCAAGCUCUCCAUGGCCAAGGUUCUGGAGGUGAGCGACCACCUGCCUGUGGAGGUGACACUAAAAGGCGCCGCCCCACUCCUUCAGGCCACGCCCCUGUUGGUCCUGGGCGUCUGGGUCGUCCUGCAGUCCUUCCUGUCUGCCUCAGUCCUUCUUUAAAUGCCUCCAGUCUGAUUCCUGACAGAACCAACUUUCAGGUGGUUUGUCAGUCCACCUGAGUGACCGGAGUGAGAAACUAACAGGAGACAGAUUUUUCCUCACACUAAAACCUUCUGGUGCCAACAUGAUGGGGCCUCAUUAUAGGCCCCACAAUUUAUUCUAUUCAAGAGGACAUAUGAGUAAUUACUUGUUAACAAUUAUCACAAACGGAUCCACAUAUUUUUUUAAUGGAAGAUUUAUGACGAAAACAAAGAGCAGUACUUGCCUCUGUUAAACCAAAACCCGAGCAGUGUGGGUGCCAAUAAACAGAAAACCGUCCAAUCUAGAAGAGCUUCAGACGUUUAAAGUUCACCAAUGUGUUGUUUGUUUUUAUUAUUUGUUUUAGCAGGUGCAUACCUUCUUUCUUUUUCCAUCAUCCUGUCAUUUGUUGCCUGCUCAGGUCUGUUUGAUGCUGUACAGUAACAGAUGUACAUAAUAUUUGUUAGGACUUCUUUUUACUUGUUUAGGAAUCUUUUUUUGGGUAUUAAGUAAAAGAUUUUUUAUGAUUAAAUGAGAAUACUUUUAUCUGGUCCUCUUGCAGAUGUCCAACACACACACUUCCAAUGUUUUCAAAAUGUUGUUGCAUCUAUGAAUAUGUACAGAUUUUGAAUUAAUAAACUCAGUUGUAGUCAGUA